CGGUGUCUCUCCUGUCCGUGUUCACAGGUGUCUCAGGGCUGCGGAGACACGCUCUGUGGAAACACCGGAGGAUUCCCUCAGCGCGUUGGCAUUAAAGUUUAGUCACGUUCAGCAAAAAGGGCAGGAAUUAGUUCACUACACUGGUCCCUGAGAGGAGCGCCGGUUCUCUCGGUUUUUAUCCACGCCUCCCACACAGCUUCCUAUAUUGUCUUCUUGUCCGUUUCAACGCGCUAAUCUCUUAAAAUUUGAAGACAGCAUGACAGGAGGACCGAAGGACGGCGAAACAGAAGAGGAGUUCCUGCAUUCGCCGUUCAUCCGAAAACAAGGGAACAUAUACAAACCGAACAAUAAAGACAUGGACAACGACAGUGUGAACGAGAAGACGAUGGAAGAUGUCCACACCAAAGAGAUCGACCUGGUCAACCGGGAUCCCAAGCACAUAAACGACGACGUUGUCAAGGUCGAAUUUGAAGAUGUGAUCGCAGAGCCUGCAGGGACCUACAGCUUCGACGGUGUGUGGAAAGCCAGCUUCACCACCUUCACCGUCACCAAGUACUGGUGCUACCGCAUGCUGACGGCGCUGGUUGGUAUCCCCUUGGCGCUGAUCUGGGGUAUCUUCUUCGCCAUCCUGUCCUUCCUGCACAUCUGGGCCGUGGUGCCGUGCGUCAAGAGCUACCUGAUCGAGAUCCACUGCGUCAGCCGCGUCUACUCCAUCUGCGUGCACACCUUCUGCGACCCGCUGUUCGAGGCCAUGGGCAAGUGCUUCAGCAGCGUCCGAAUCCGCACGACCAAGGAGGUGUAGUGUCCGAAACCAGGAGGAGGAGAGGAGGAGGAUUAACGGAAAAAAAAGGGGGAGGGAGGAUGGGAGGGCUGGAGCAACGCAGAUGGAGGGAAAAGUCAGAACAAGAAAAAAUAAAAAGAAUAAAUAGACCUCUGGAAGAGAGGUGAGACUUUUCCAGAGUAGGGCGUGGAUGUUUGGAGGUGGAGGUUUGUGGUCACAUGACAUCGGAUCCCGCCUUUUAAAAAACAGCAGUUUUUUCUCUCCGCUGAUGGCAUAACAAACCGGGUGGGCACAGGGAAUCAAAGGGUCAUUGUUUGGGUUUUUGUUGCUGUUUUUUUUUGUGUUCUCUAGUUUUUUGUUUUUUGUUUUCAUUUUUUUUUAUUAUUAUUCCUCACCGUUAACUUUGUCGUGCAGGCAUUCAAGCUCCGUAUCUUAUCAAUUCCUUCCAUUCUUACUGUUUCUUUCGGAGGGCUAAUCACACAUUGAUCUGUUGAUUGUGAAGAGAGGAUGUCAUAAUUAGAGAUGUCCCGCUUGUUAGCGUUUGUUUUCCCGGAGCCGGUGGGGCGAGGAUGGUGGGAUGUCGGGGUUGUGAAGGUCAUAACAGAGAGAACGAGUAAGCACUGCCAAAUUCUGUCUGACUCGGCAAAAAUGAAAGAAUCACAAACGUCCGUCAGCACAGCGACGCCUCUGGCCCACGUGACCUCCAAAUGACCAAAGGCAGCCUACCAACCCUCCCCUCCCCCAUCGCCCUGCUUCCCAGCAGUCUGACACACUGAACCUGCCCUCGUUCCUGCAUGCACCUGCCUCGCCUUGCCAGCAACUCGCCGUCCACCACGGCCGCCACGCUGCCGGAAGGAGCAGAAAUGACCUGCGCCUCAGCUCACUCGCUCUCUGCGCCAUCUUCCUAUUUCGCCUUCGCCAUUACAUUUUCUCCCCUGCAGCCUCUUUCGCCAUCACCUCGAGAACAACACGGGCGCGUGACAGAGAAUGUGGCCAAUAUGGAGCUGGUAUUUUUCACUGAGCUCAGCUCUUUUAAAUGCACAUCGGCAUAGUCCCACGUUGAAUGCUUUUUCUUCUACACUAUAAAUAUGAAGAACUACCAGGGCCUGAUUUCAAGCUGCCAUUGUUCUGAUAACCUGUAUGUACUGUAUGGGUGAAAAUAAGACUUUAUUAGCUAUGGCCUCAUUCCAAUGCACUAAUCUAUGGGAAAGUAUGGUGUAUAGCGAAUAGCGCUAAUGAAAAUAGUUACUUUUGCACACGUUGCCCAAUUACACUGUGCAGAUCUGAGUUUAAAUGGAGAGUUUUACACACUGUGGUACUUCCACAGGUUAAUGCAUUGGAAUCAAUUCAAUGUGACGUGGAAUGUGUGAUCUGUGACGCAUUUUUAUUUGUUACCUGGACAUCAGUUUUUACCAUCCCCGUUUUUGCCUUAUGUUUUUGUUCUGUCGCCCUGCUUCUGGACUGUGGACACGAUGCUCGAAAGCAUCAAACCCCCCUCGCCUCGGAGACGUGAUGAAUCCAGUGAUGGGUGGGGUUACUGGGUUAGUUUGGGGCGACUAAAUCCACUCUGACUAUGUCACCUUCGGUCUUCCUGCUGUCAUCUGACAAGGAUGGUAAUAUCAUUAGCACCUGUUUCUUGAAAUGAGUUUUUAAGCUCUGAAGGUGAUAUUUUUAGAAUAAAUGAUUUUUUAUUUCCUUUCUUGCUUUUACUGUACAAUAUCACGCUGUGCACAUUAAAAUUUAAUAUAAUCCGG